UAUAUGUACACAUCUUUUGGAACUGUUGUUUUUUUUCUUAGAAAUAGCAACCAUUAAUGUUUUUACACAUGCACUAUUUCAGAAACAAAUAUGAACUUUGUGAUAUCAAUUUCAGAUUUAGAUUUUUUAUAUGCAUUUUUAUAGUUUACAAUAUUACUUGUUCCUUGUCAUGAAAAGCUUUUAUAUACAGGUGAGCGAUUUCAGGGCCAUUAUGACCCUGUUUUUUUUUAAUACAAAUAAAAAAUGCCAUCAGUGAUCUAUGAUUUGUUUGCAGAAUAUUUUCAAAUCACUAAUCAUGUCGAACAGUUUAGACAGAUCCAAACCAGUUAUUCCACCAAAGACUAAAGAAAUAUUAAACAAGGCUACAAAGUUCAUAAAAGAAAACUCUUUAAUGAAACAAAAUGUCGACAGUCAUGUCCUGAAAAAACACCCAAAUGUACCUCCAAAAUCAGUUUUGAAACGUAUUUUGGAUAAAAAGACUGCUGUCACUGAUUCCAAAUGUUUACACUUACCAGCAAAAGAUGAAAGUGUUAAAAAACGCCCAUCAGUACCACCAAAACCAACACUUAAGCCUAAAACUGACAGUAAAGACGAUGAAGCAAUCUUCACCAAUUUACAGGAAGAUGCUAAGGAAAACGAAAGUGUAACUGGACCUUCAAAACCGGUGCUUGGAUCAACUGUGUCAGAAAAGAAUGAUAUAAAAGAUUUAAGUCAACAGAAUUUGAUAAAUGAUUAUAAUAGUCAUGAUGCACAAGUGCAAACUGCUCAUCAAAAAAACACCCCAAACAAUGAAUAUAAGCAAAAUGUGUUUUUAUUGAAUAAUGAAAAGGAAAUAUACGCUAGCUUCGGUCUCUCACAAAAUGCAUCAUUCCAAAAACAAAAUACAACAGAAAAACCGUUAUUUCAUAACGUAACUGGAAAACUUAUGGAAGGAAAUGGCAACGCAAAUAAGACAAACGAAACGCAAAUUUUAACUUCGACCAGUGGUUUAAGUAUUAAAAGUUUUUCAAAUCUGAACACAAACAAUGAUAAAAACGAUAAAGGUGAUAAGACUGUGGAAAGAAAAGAAGAUAUGAGCGAUAAAGUAGACAUUCUUUUAAAUGUUAAUAAGACAUUUAUGCCUGAAGACUCAUCGAAUGAAAGACUUUCAGAAACAUAUGAAUCUCGUAAAAGAAGUGAUAAAGAGUAUUUUGUCCCAUUUUUAUUACAACAAAGGAUUACAAAAGAUGAAGAAAAAAUACUAGAUAUUAAAGAUUUACAACCAAUGGAUACACAGCAAAGUGCUGAUGAGACGGUGUUUUCACAGUUGAUCGCUCCACCCAGACCCCCACGACCGCCACCUGAAAAGGUUUACUAUGUGGCAGAACGUGAUGUCAUUAACAUUUCACCCAGUACAUAUCUAAAAUUGCAUCGUGGUGAAAUCUGCGAAAUUUUAGACGACAGCAACAAGGAAUUUUGGGUUGCGAGAAAAGGUGAUGGAAAAAUAGGUCGAAUCGUUUCAAGAUUUGUCAGUAUUAAACCGGAGCUUGACAUGAACCCUUGGUUUUAUAAGGAUGUUACAUCGCAGCAUUGUGAAUACAUUCUCAGCGAGGUUGGAGUAGAUGGAUGCUUUAUUAUACAUGAAGCAGAUUAUUCACCUUACAUGUUAUUGUUAUUCAGCGUAGACAGCACUGGUGGCCAAGUGUAUCGGUACCCUAUCAACCUGAAAAAUAAAUACUUUUUUUUAAAUCCACAAACACUGUUUGUAUCAAUGCCUGAUCUCAUACGCUACCACUAUAAACGAUCCGGCUGUUUACGUACAUUUUUGAAGUGUCCACCACCUUUGAAGUAUAAGGAAACCCAGGACUUUCCUUUUUCAGAUAAACUGGAGAUCGAGAAAAAUGACUUGGAGAUUUUUCGGAAAAUUGGAUCAGGAAGGUUUGGUGUUAUACAUGUAGGUAAAUUUGGAAGGACAGAAAUAGCAGUUGAAAUUGUUGAAAACAUUCAUAGUUUUCCUGAAGAUAUGUUGAUGGAGGCCAGAAUUAUGUCUCAUUUAAAUCAUCCAAAUUUGGUACAGUUAUAUGGCAUAGUUUCCAAAUCGUUACCGUUGAUGAAAAUAACAGAGUUCAUGCAGAACGGAGACUUAUACCGGUUUCUUAUAAAAAAUAGACUACGUCUUUUACUUGAUUGUGAAGUCUUAACAGAUAUGUGUCGUCAAGUUUGUCGAGGGAUGGAAUAUUUACAUAACCAUGGAUAUAUUCUUCGUAACUUAUCAGCAAAAAAUUGUUCGGUAGGCAAGAAUGGGAUCGUAAAAGUUUCAGAUUUUGCUCGGGCAAGGUUUUUAAGAAAAGGAGAAACUGUAACCUUUAAUGCCAUACGGGUUCCAUGGGCACCACCCGAAGUUUAUCACUCUGGUAAAGGAAAUAUCAAGUCAGAUAUCUGGUCUUUCGGUGUUUUAAUGUGGGAAAUAUUUACGUGUGGUGAUGUGCCUUUCAUAUAUGAACGUAACAGAAAGGACAAAAGAAUAAAGAUUUACCGACCUCCAAAACCGACUUCAUGUCCUACAGAAAUAGACAUGUUAUUGUUGCGGUGCUUGGAAUUGGAACCUUCUAAUAGACCUACAUUCAAGGAUUUGAAGGCUCAUCUUGAAGAAUGUUACUUGAAGGUACAGGAUGAUGAAGAUUCAGACUCCAAUUUACUUGAUGAAUUAGGAUUUGAUCCCUUAGACAAACAGCUUUUUAUACAUGCAUUGAAAGAAGGAAACGAAUCAGAUAACUUAAUCAGAGUUAUGGUUGUUGGAAAUUUUAACCAGGGUAAAACAAGUCUAACAAGAAGACUUUUAGAGCUUCCGAUGGAAAACAUUGAGAGUACUGAUGGUAUAGAUAUUCAUGCAGCAAAUUGUGAAAACAAUGUAACAUGGAAAACAACUUGCUCCCAUGCUGCUGAAAUUAAAGGUGCACGUCGAUUAGCAAACAUUAUAAAACAAGGCAUUAAAACAAUUUAUAAUACUGAAACACUAGACGAUGGCAAUGAACAGGAAGACGAUAUGAUGCUACAAGGAGAAUACAAUGAUGCUGAUGAUAAAGAUGCUGCAUCAUUUGAAUAUAAUGAUAAACGUGGUUCUCUUGACAAAAGAGAAAAUCAAGGCGAUUGUCUAGAAUCAGUCUUAAACAAAGACAUUUCUAAGACUUCCGUUUCAGAGACAUCAUCGGAGGGUUACAGUGAUAUAGAGGAAUGUUUCACAUCGGAUCCAGACGUAUCUGAAGAAAGAGCAAUCAUAAACGGGCUAGUCCUACACAUUAAAGCAGUAGAUUUGCUUUCAGAAUUUACAGAAAAACUGAAAGAUGAAAACUAUAAUGUUUCAAACCAAAAUGACAAUGGUAUUAAUGUCAAUAUUUGGGACUUUGGAGGACAGUUCAUAUAUUAUGCCACUCACCAGAUUUUUCAUUCAAGGGACGCAAUAUAUCUUUUAGUUUUUGACCUUACGAAGGACCUUGAUAGCAUAGUAGAGGAUGAAGACUUUCCAGACAGAAAGUUUGAUAUGAGGACAUGCUUGAAAUUUUGGAUCAUGUCAGUGCAUGCUUUCGUCGGAACAAAGGACGGCAAGGAACCAAAAAUAAUACUUGUAGGGACACACAAGGCUGAUUGCAUCAGCAAAAGUGAUAUUGAAAAGAAGUUUGACGACGUAUAUGAUCUCUUUCUUAAAUCGAAAGCCAGAAAUCACAUCUACAAGAUACCAUUUGCUAUCGAAAACACAGAUCCAAAUGAUCCCGGUGUUACAGAACUAAAGAGGGCAAUAUUUGAAAUAGGAUCAGGUAAUGCUAAAACCAGCAAGGUUCCUGCAAAAUGGAUUCAAUUAGAAGAGGCAUUAAAAGGAAACAAAGAAAAUAGAAAGAUUUUGAAAUAUAAGGAUGUUCAAAACAUAGACAAGUCUACAGAUUUGCCCAUCAAUGAUGAGGAACAGUUAAAGCUUUUCCUAAAAUAUCACCAUGCAAAAGGAACAAUUGUGUACUUUGAUGAGGAAAAACUCCGGGACUUUGUCGUUAUUGAUCCGCAAUUUUUGGUGGAUGCUUUUAAAUGUAUCAUUACAUCUAAACGAUUUUGUAAGUGGAGAUCAGACAUACACGUGUUAUGGGAAAAGUUGAUAGAAACAGCAGUUCUAGACAAAUAUCUGUUGAACAGCAUUUGGGAGCAUGAUGACAAAAACCGUUUUAUGGAACAUAGAGAUAUUCUGUUGGCUUUUUUGCAAAGACAUCGAAUAUUGGCUGAGAUGCAGGUAAUUGAUGAGAUUACUUGUGAUGCAAGAGGCACGGGGAAAUACAUUGUACCAAGUCUUUUGAAAAGUCAGGGUGAUCAAUCAAUUCUGAAGAAAUGUGUAGAAGGGAAAAAUUAUUCAUUAUAGUCAUACUUGGUCUUUCA